AUGGCAUUCCGAAUUGGUGGCCCGGUUGAAAUCUGCAGCAAAGAAGAGGGGUUCGUGGGUUCUUACUACUCUGCAGAGAUUAUCUUUCCAGUCGAAAAGACUCAUUUCCUGGUAGAAUAUAAGAAUCUUUUAGCCCAAGAUGGGAAUCGAUUGUUGAGAGAGAUCGUCCGUACUGAUGAAGUAAGGCCUUAUCCUCCUGCAAUUCAAGUUUCUAAGUUUGGUCUGUUCGACAGAGUGGAUACCUACGACAAAGAUGGAUGGUGGGUUGGAAGGAUCACUAGAAAAAACAAGUCCGGGUAUCAUGUGUACUUCGAAAUCACUGGAGAAGAAAUUGCCUACUCAGUUUCUCAAUAG